AUGGAGAAGAGCAUACAACUCCGGUCUAGAGACCUUGGGAAAGAUCCCGAUACAAGACGAUGGGGCAAUAUUAAAAAGUCCACCUUAGGCUGCACCGAAGAGGAAAUGGAGUCGCGGCUUAGGGCAACGGACAAACCCACCAGGCAUUCUCACAUUUCAGCUUACUGGUUCUACUACGGCUACCAGGACACGUGUUCUCCCGGGGUUGGGGCCCACGAUGCGGACUGGGAGCACAUCAUCGUCAAAAUCCGCAACAUCGACACAUCCGUGGAAGAGCUUUCGGAGGUCAUGUUCUUCCAGCACAGCGGCCGUUACACACGUACCCCCGGCCAUUACUCCUCGUACAACACGCACCCGAUCGUCUACGUCGGGAAGAACUCCCACGGCUCCUACCACGACGACGGCGGCUCCGGGACCUGCUGCUACUUCGAGGACUUCAGGAAUCCUGGUAGCAAGUACCAGCACAUGGACACCUGGCUGAACCUGGAGGAGCUGCGCAGGGACAACACGGCGCCCGAGUGGAUGAUGGACCAAACGGCCGACUACUUCGACGGCAACACUUCCCCGCUCAACCGCGAGGAGACCUACCGCCUGUGCUCGCAGAAGGGCUGCGAGGGCGCCUGGCUGCAGGUGUGCACCACCAGCGGCUGCGCCAAGAGCGACAUCGGGGAUGAUAUCAUGUAGGCAGCCGUGGGUGGCACGCUCUGGGUGUCAUGGGGCACCCUGAAUGUCAUGGCACCGCUGAAGUGUUGUGGCACCUUCGUGUGUCGCACGUGGAACUCUGAUUAAAAAUGCAACAUCA